AUGCUGUGCCUACCAAUAAUACUGUUCGGUUUCGUUCAACGUGUGGCCAUGUGUGAGAAUGUAUGGGAGGGAAGAAUUGGAUAUGUGGGUAAGUGCACGGAAGUAUUGGGAAUUGAAAGCCGUAUAACUAGAAACGAGGAGAAUCGUCUCAUGACGUAUGCACAGAAAAACUGCACCCUGGCACACAGGGUUCCUUCGGGCGCACCUGCAGAGGGGAACUGUACCGUUUGCGGCGGGGGAUUGACCUGCUUUUCACCGCACAGAUGUGUAACCGCAAAGGUUAGUGAGUUCCUUGGGCUCUCAACACCCGAAGUCGCUUCACCAGUUGUGGAAGCGGGUGGAGACUCAAGUCGCGACGAGGCCUCUAACAAAGGUGAGGCACCUCCAUCAUCCGAGUACGGCCCUGUGCUUUCUGAAGAGCCGGUGAGAAAUGGUAGUUCGGUUUCUGCGACCCCUAAAAAGGAGGAAAAUGGUUCACCCUCUAAGGAUGACGGCCACCUCAAAUCCGAAAAUAAAGGUACUGUCUCCUCCACUUUUGGCAGCGAACGUAACGGAACUUCCUCUGUUCGCCCCCCGGAACAGCAGAAAAGCAAAUCUCAGCCGCUGCAACCACCUAUCUACCAGGUUUUUUUUCCAGUGUUGCUCCUAUUUCUCUGA